UGAAUGAGCUCGGUGUUGGCGUGAAGUGAAGAGACUGAAACAGUGCACUGUGUCUUUAAAUGACUGUGCAGUUGGUGGAUAUUUAGUCCGUUGAGGGCGCAAUAACCUUCACAAGUUCCCACAGCGCGUUAGAGCAGCCUGCUCGGCUCUUAACACGACUACAGUUAGUAUCGGUUUGUUUCUGCGGAAAAGCGACGUGAACUUUUUCCAAAGUCACUUUUGUUUCGAAACAUCUCCAGAGUCAGCAGUGGAGCGCGGUAUGGUGUGGGUGUCACGUUGUUUGUGGACUUAAGGCACAACCGGAAGUGAACAGGUGGAGUACACCUGUUCAGGAACCUUCCAAGAAGUAUGAUAUAUAUUUAUUUUUUGGAUUAACUAAUGAAAACCGGACUGAUAUUCGGGGUCGAGUUUCAUUGUUAACCAAGAUGUGUUUGGAGGACAGUUAAUCAGCAGGAUAGUCGUUACCAAGGUGACGUGCUGCCUUUUAAUUUAAUUUAAUUUAAUUUAAUUUUAAAGCCUUGUCAGUGUGGAGUGAAGCUGAAAAGCAGGAGAUGGGGAACCAGGUGGAGAAACUGACUCGGUUAAGUUACGAUGAAGUUCCGACAGUCGACCCGAACGGCUACGAGGAUGAGGACGGACCUCGGAUUGGGGUCUCGUAUAUUUUCUCCAACGACGACGAGGAAGAAGAGGAGCACACUGCUGAGAAACAGCGAGGCGACGAAGAAGAGGAGGAGGAGGAAGAAGAGUACGACAGUAUGCGCGAGAUGGAGUGCGCGGUGUAUUACCGGGAUGAGUGUGUUUACGAGAGGAAGAGUAACCAAGCAGGAUGUGUGCAGUCGUGUGAGAACUUGCUGAACAUAUGCAGACCUGGAGACUUGGUGGAGUUCGUGGCGGCUGGUCAGUAUCCUCACUGGGCGGUUUACACCGGAGACUUCCAGGUGGUCCACUUGCACAGGAGCGAGAUUAAGAUGGAGCACCUGUCCGACGCUGCUCAGGGGAAACGCGGCCGAAUCGUCAACGACUUGUACAAAUUCCGUGCCUUGAAUCCGGAUGUAGUCGUGAAGAACGCGCUUGAUCACAUCGGUAUGAAGGACAGCAGCGUGUCGUGGAGGAACUCCGAGUGUUUUGCUGCAUGGUGCAAAUUUGGCAAACGUGAAUUCAAAACCGGUGGAGAGCUGCGCAUAGGCAAGCAGCCUUACAGGAUGAAAUUACAGCUCUCUGAGAAGAGCAGCCAUGACCUGGAGUUUCAGUGUCUGGAGGAUUUGAUCCUGGAAAAGCGCAGGAAUGAUCAGAUCGGAAAAGACGCCGUGAUCCAAGAACUGACCAGUCAUCUCAACUCUGGAGAAGAAGUCAACAGCGACUGCAGCUGUGAUUGAUUUCGAUAUACAUCUGCAACCAAGAAAACAUCUCCGUCGCCUCAUCAUCGCAACACCCACAUGCUCGUUCAUCUUCUUAUAUCUGAAGUUCUCAACGGUUGAGACCUUAGCGACUUCUUUUAAAAAUCCUUUUAUUUUACAGUCCUAAAGACUUCAUUUCACUACUUCUUUCAAAAGCAGUCAUGUUUGUUCUCAUCCCUGCCUUGAAAUGAUGCGCCAAAGUUAACGAAUCCUCUAAGGUCUGGUAACUUGUUUUUGUUUUAUUUUAUGGGUUGGUCGGAGCUCAUCAUGGCACGUUUGAGUGGAUCCAUAAAACGUUUUGUUUACAUUCACUACAUUAUGUUCCUCAAGAUCAGUUAUUAUAAGCAAUGCACAUGAUUUCACAUUUAACCUUUAUAUAAUAUCAUGGGGUCUACAAUAUCAUUUCUAUUACAAUAACAGCACUGUUUUGUUUUUUCAUGAUUUUGUUGUAAAAUCAAAACCAAACCGUAUUUUCAGGUGAACAGACACUACAUGUAAGCGCCCUGUUGCUCUCUCUGUCAUAGCUAAAUGAUGUGUGUGGUGGUGUGUGUGUGUGUGGUUUUUUUUUUUUUCCUUUUUUAAACCAUGGAAAUAAAUAAUAUUUUGAGUAA